AUGAUGACCACCAAGGAUCUGGAAACAACUUGCCUUGUCGAUGACAGAGACACCAAGAGGUACUCCUCCUCUCCCAGCAGCAUAGAUCUACCAGAGAACCAUUCAGACAAAGAGAAUCACCAUGAGAAACAAGAAGCAUCUGGAUCUCGUUCGUUGCAUCACUGCCAUAACCACUCAAAGGCCUGUGAGAGCAGAAACACAGAGCACCAGCAGGCAAAGUGCAAACUCUAUCUGGCAUCAAUAUUCUGCCUCAUCUUCAUGACUGCUGAAAUCAUAGGUGGCCAAAUUGCAGGAAGUCUUGCUGUGAUCAUGGAUGCAGUCCAUGCUUUUGUGGACUUGAUGAGUUUCCUGAUCAUCAUCUUCUCUCUGCAGCUGUCAUCUAAACCACCUAGCAUGAGAUUAACGUAUGGAUGGCACAGAGCAGAAAUUCUUGGAGCUCUCCUAUCCAUCGUCAUUGUUUGGGCGACAACCGGUGUGUUGAUGUAUUUAGCCAUGAUGAGGCUGCUGCAUUCGCAUUACGAAAUUGAAGCUACCGUGAUGCUCUUUACGUCUGCCUCUGCAGUAAUAGUCAACAUAAUAUUAAGUCUGAUGUUGCACCAGACGGGACAUGGGAACAUUCACAAUGCCCAGCAGACCAGCAACCACAGAUCAGGCCUUGAGCCCAGGUCGGCCUCAGACAGUGUCAGUGUAAGAGCAGCUUUUGUCCGCGUCGUUGGAGAUCUCCUCCAGAGCAUUAGUGUGCUAAUUAGUGCACUCAUAAUAUUCUUUAAGCCAGAAUACAAAGUGGCUGACCCAAUCUGCACAUUUAUAUUUUCCAUUUUUAUUCUGGGAAUCACUGUCACUAUUUUAUGGGACAUUUUGCUUGUGUUGAUGGAAGGGACACCAAAGGGAUUUAUCUACAAUGCAGUCAGAGAGAGGAUUCUAGCAGUGGACAAAGUGGAGUCUGUCCACAACCUUCAUCUUUGGUCUCUCACAAUGAGCAAGACACUCCUAACAGCUCACAUUGUCACAGUGGAUGCAGCAGACAAACAGCAGAUUUUGAAAGACGUUACUGCAGUUCUGUUUGACACGUAUAAUUUCUACACAAUCACUCUUCAAAUUGAACCUGAAGCCGACCAGAAACCAGAAUGUAUCUUCUGUCAAGACCCAAAAGAUUAAAGUUAACAGGUUGUACAGUACAUCAGUCUUUUGAUGGGUCUAUUGUUGCUACCAAAUAUGCUAGAUGCACAGGGUUGGCCAAGCCGGACUGAACAGAAAACUAGGAAGCCUUAUUGUGGAUUGUGGUAUGCACAUUUCAUUUAUUUGGUGGCAGCUUCCAUGAAGAGAAGAACAGGGUACAACUAUAUGCAUGCUGCAUACAGGCAACAACAUAAUAAAUGCAGAUCUGGCAUGCUU